CCCCAGCUGCGGGAGAACUUGACACACCCCGGCCAAUUUCAGCUCCCCCCCUGCGUUUUCCCGGGGGACAAGGGGGCCUGUCCAGGCUCCGUGCGUGUCCCUGGAAGGCGGAAACGGCUGCGGGGACCCUCUCCUGGCGGAGGGGCCUGAUCCUCGCCGCCAUGUCCGGGGGCUUUGAGCUGCAGCCGCGGGACGGCGGCCCCCGGGUGGCCCUGGCGCCCGGGGAGACGGUGAUCGGCCGCGGGCCGCUGCUGGGAAUAACAGACAAGAGAGUGUCCAGAAGACAUGCGAUUCUUGAGGUGGUGGGUGGUCAGCUUCGAAUCAAACCGAUACACACAAGUCCAUGUUUUUAUCAGUCUUCUGAGAAGAGCCAGCUUUUACCAUUGAAGACAAAUCUAUGGCACUGGUUGAACCCUGGAGAUAGUUUUUCUUUGUUUGUUGACAAAUACAUUUUCCGUGUUUUCUCUACGUAUUCUGAAACAGAACUGGACUGUACUUUCAGAAAUAGUCAAAUGCUUGAUGAAGAUGAUAUAUUGAAUGAAAUACCAGAAUCAUCCUUGGUUAAUUUGCCUGAUAAGACAACUGGUGCUCCACAGCUGGAAGGAAGCACAGGAAUAGCGACGACCCAGACUUCUACCACAAAUAGUGUGUCUUUCGCAGGUGAAUGCUCAGGCAUCAGUAAGCAGCAGUCCAACCCCGCCCAGAGGAAGAGAAUCCUUCCAGCAUGGAUGUUAACAGAUCUGGGUGAUCAAAACCUCCCAGCACCAGUGACCAGUGAAAAUAAUGUAAACCAGAAAAGUGGAAGAGAAGGAUUCUGCAAAAAUAAAACCCAAGAAUACAUAACACAGCAAGGAAGAAAGCGAUUGAUUUCACCGGGAAGCUCACAAAGUACAUCUGCAGAGCAAGACACAGGAAAAAAGUGCAGAAAUGCUGAUCAGGAAGAGUCUGUCAUUUCAUCCAAGGAAAUGCCACAAACAGUUUCUGCAGUCACAUUAAGUAACAUGGAUGUGAGUAAUAAGAAGACUAAUGCACUGAGAAAUGAAAUCCCAACAGAGGGACUUGGUAAGGUUUCUGAAGAUGAAAUCAUCACUAAAGGAACACGAAAUAAAGAAGAGACAGUGAGCUGUUCUGAGAGUUGUUCGAGUGCCCAAGGCAAGUCUUCCCAUGGGGAGUCUCAAGGAUCUUGUCCUGGGCCUAGCUCUGAUCCCUCCAACCCUGCAACUCUGCAUGCAAAAGCAGCCGAUCCAGUUCUACAAGGUUCUGAAGAAAACAAGGUCAAGAGAACAUCCUGCAUGUAUGGGGCAAACUGCUACAGGAAGAAUCCUGUCCAUUUCCAACAUUUCAGUCACCCUGGUGAUAAUGAUUAUGGAGGUGUAAAAGUCAUGUGUCAAGAUCUAACUGAUGACCGGCCUGAAUGUCCUUAUGGAGAAUCUUGUUAUAGGAAGAAUCCUCAGCACAAGAUAGAAUAUAGACAUAGUACACUUCCAACUGCGUGUUGGCUAUGGCCUUGUCCCAGCUCGGCGUUCAGGCUGGAGGAUCAGCCCCUGCCUGGGACCCGCUGUUCUCACAGCCCAGGGGACAUCAUAAUAGCAGAACCGCAGAAAGGCUCUGCAAGCUUCUCCUUGGAAGGCCACACACCACUUCCACCCACUUGUUUUGGCCAAGACUGGUGUCAUUGGGGAUGGAGAAUCCGAAACACUGUGGAUGACGACGAAGGGCAACCCAAUGAGUACGACCUGAAUGACAGCUUUCUAGAUGACGAAGAAGAAGAGUAUGAGCCCACGGAUGAAGAUUCUGACUGGGAACCUGGAAAGGAGGACGAAGAGAAGGAAGAUAUGGAAGAGCUUUUGAAAGAAGCAAAAACAUUUAUGAAAAGAAAAAAGUAACUUGGUUAUGCAAUAAUACAUGGCUCACAUUUCCUAUUUCUUUAUGGAAAAAUAUUCAGAAACUAAGGAGGCACUUAAGCAAUAAUUGUUUUCCUUUCUAUAGUUAUGACUUUACUAUUGACUACUGACUCUGCCAAUGAAACAUUGAAAUGUCAACCUUCAGUGUAGUCUAUGGAAUUUUUUUUUUUUUUGCUUUGCUUUUUUUAUUCUAUUUAAAGCAUCUAGAAGUGGAAAGUAGACAGAAUUAAAGACAAGUAAUUGAUAUUUUUCACGUGCUUUGUCUGCUGGUUAUAAAAAGUAAAAAACCAUAGGUUGCACAAAACUUUGGUCUUUUUUCCUAUUUUCCAAAGAUUCUGUCUUUAUAGAAUACUGUGCAGGUAUAACCCGGCAAAUUACAUCAUGAUUGGAAAAGCAUGCCUCUUUUCAUUGCUAUUGAAGUAACUCUUCAAGCAGAACCAGGCUUUAACAUUUGACAGCCAUCAUAUAAUAGCUAGCAUUUUUCUAGUAUCCUAGAUGCAAGUUUUGCAUUUCAUCAACUAUUUUAUUCUUUGAAACUUGGGGACAUUAGUACCAAAUGGAUACUGAAAAUAGACUCCAUAAGACUAUAGAAAUGUUCACCAUGCAGGGAAUGUUACUUAGUGCCCCACAUCUGUAAUUUACUGUGUGUCUGAGUUUAAAGGUGGAAAAACUCAAAGAAUUUGAGUUUCUUUCUUUUUCAAAUGAAAAUCCUGCCUGAUUAUUUUAACUUUCAAUGUACUGUUUUUACAUUAAGAAUAUAGAAAUGAUUUUUGACCAUAAUUUUCUCAAAGGACCUUAGUUCUUUCAUCCUCAGAUGAAGGUGGCAAGCUAUCUGGCCUUUUAUUUGUUCUCCAGUGUCAUGAACUAUGUCUCUGUAUCUCUGUUCCCAAACUGCUUUAAGCCCAGUAAUAAUCUCAUCUCUAGUGACUUAGAAUUUUUGAAAUACAGUGUAGCAUCUUUAAUAAUAGUUGGGUAUAUGUAUUGGAAAUAAUAAAUCACUAAACCAAG